GUACAGCGGCUCGGCCCUCCCACCAUGGCCGGGGCAGCAGCGGCAGGCCCGGUGGUCGUGGUGGGCUCUUGCAUGACGGACCUGGUCAGUCUUACCGCCCGCCUGCCGAAACCCGGAGAAACCAUCCACGGACAUGAGUUUUUUAUUGGCUUUGGUGGGAAAGGAGCCAAUCAGUGCGUCCAAGCUGCUCGGCUUGGGGCCAAGACUUCCAUGAUCUGCAAGGUUGGGAAGGAUUCUUUUGGCAAUGAUUAUAUAGAGAACUUCAAACGGAAUGGUAUUUCUACAGAAUUUGUCCAUCAGACCAAGGAUGCCUCGACGGGAGCGGCUUCAAUACUUGUCGAUAAUGAAGGGCAGAAUGUUAUCGUCAUAGUGGCUGGAGCCAAUAUGCUUUUGAAUUUCGAAGACCUGAAGAAGGCAACUGGUAUUAUUAGCAAAGCCAAAGUAAUGAUCUGUCAGCUCGAAAUUGCACCAAUUACGUCUCUGGAAGCCCUGAAGAUGGCCCGUGCCAGCGGAGUAAAGACGUUAUUUAAUCCAGCUCCUGCCAUUGCCGACCUCGAUCCACAAUUCUACACUCUUUCAGAUGUGUUCUGUUGCAAUGAAACUGAGACGGAGAUUUUAACUGGACUCCAGGUCGGCAGCCCUACAGACGCUGGGAAGGCGGGGGCCGUGCUUUUAGAAAGGGGCUGCAAAGUGGUCAUUAUCACCAUGGGAGCUGAAGGGUGUGUGUUGGUGUCCGAGGAAGAUCCAGUCCCAAAGCAUAUUCCCACUGAGAAAGUCGUCAAGCCUGUGGAUACCACGGGGGCUGGAGAUAGCUUCGUGGGCGCUCUGGCUUUCUACCUGGCUCACCACCCUGACCUGUCGGUGGAAGAAAUGGUCAGGAGAUCCAAUUUUAUUGCAUCAGUGAGUGUCCGGUCUUCAGGAACUCAGAGCUCUUAUCCCUUCAAAAAGGACCUACCCGGCAAUCUCUUUUAAUUCGGUAACGGUUUCUGAGUGGGCAGUUUGAAUAUGAAUGGGGAAAUGAAAAGAUGCCUCAUGCACCUCAAACGCUGUAAUUUGCCGUUUUUGAUUUAUGAAACUUGGUCUUUCUUUUAUUUCUGUCAAUAAGCGUGCUUUGCAAUAAGAUGACCUUUCAAGUCCAUCUUAGGGUGAUUGGCCCCUGGGCACACAACACUUAUUUUUACAUUGGCCCAGCUGAGGACACGAGGUAAGGUUUUUCUGUCCUAUCACUUCUUUACAUUGCUCCAAACCCAAAGUGGAAUUUUUAUUGUUAUAAAAUCUAAGUCUCUGGGGGGCCAGAAGGAUUCCUUACAGUAACAACAAAAAAGGUAGCGCAACUAAUCAAUAAAAUGUGCUUAUUUUAUGUA